AUGUUAUCAUCAAUGUUGAUUUUUCAUAUAUUAUCUAGUAUAAUAUUUCGUACGGUUAUAAUUGAAGCACGUGCAGUAUUAACAAGUCAAACUCAUCGAACGGAUGUAAAACAUUUUGAAUCCAAACUCGAUACGACUACAGGUUAUUGGUCACCUAGUACUAGUUCAAUUGAUUGGUGUGAACGAAAUUAUGUUGUAACACAAUAUAUAGCUGAAUUUUGGAAUUGUAUUUCAAGUUUGAUCAUGUCUUUAUUAGGUGGAAUAUUAUUCAUUCAAGGUUUAUAUUAUAAAAUUGAAAAUCGAUUUCUAUUACUUAGUUUAUCAUUGGGUAUUGUUGGAUUUGGUUCUGCUUUUUUUCAUGGCACAUUAACACAUUUAGGUCAAAUGGCCGAUGAACUUCCUAUGGUCUAUUGCAUGAUUAUCUGGUGGUUUAUUCUCUUUAGAAUGAAUAAAUUUAAUAAAUUAAAAGAUAAAAUCUAUGCAUUUGACUUAGCAAUUGUAUUUGGAAUAUUUUAUGCAGUUUUAUGGACCUAUUUGCAUAGUUUACAAACAUUUGUCAUUAUAUUUCAAGUACAUUAUGCAUUAAUGAUGUUAGGAGGAAUUAUUAAAUUGAUCUUUUUAUAUCAACAAACACAACAUCAUACAAAUUCUAUCAUGUAUUUAAUCAUGACAUAUGUUGUUCUAGUAAUUCCAGCUUUGACAUGUUGGAUUAUUGAUCAACAAUUAUGUGAACGAAUGAAUAGUGUAGAUGGAUUUAAUCCACAAUUACAUGCUUGGUGGCAUCUAUUUUGUGCUAUUGAUGGUCAUGUUGGAAUUGUAUGUGGUGAAGCGAUGCGUCUUUUAUCGAUAAAAUAUCAACAGCAUCAAGCAAAAUAUACUAAAUCUUCAAUGGAACCAUUUCAACCGAAAGAUCAUUUGCAUAUCGUCUUUUAUUUAGGAUUACCUUUCAUAGAUUAUUCCAAUGACAAACAAAUGAAAAAAAUAAAAAAGCAGUAA